AUGGGUAAUUGUAAUAUAGGUGAUAAGAAGGAUUUUGGAGAGUCGUUAAGUAAUUGAAUAAAUAUAGAAGUUCUGUCGGUGCACAAUUUUGAAUUUAUUGAAGUAUUAGGAAAGGGAGGCUUUGGUAAGGUUUGGAAGGUGAAGAGAAGAAAAAACAAAAGUUAUUUUGCAUUAAAAGUGAUGUCAAAAGCAAAGUAAUGAAUAUGGAUGUAUAGUGAGAAUAAUAUCAAAAAAGAGUGUAUAAUCAGUGAUGAAUGAGAGAACUUUAUUGAGUUAGUUAAGACAUCCAUCUUUAAUAAAUAUGAUAGCAGCCUUUUAGGAUAGAGAAAACUUAUAUUUAGUGAUGGAUUUAUUAAGUGGAGGAGAUCUUCGUUAUCAUAUAGGAAAAAAUAAGAAAUUUAGUGAAGAAGAAACAAGUAAUAAUAAUAAAAGUGAUAAGAUAUAGAGUUUUUUAGUGCAUGUAUAAUGAUAGCAUUAGAAUAUUUACAUUCUUAAGGAAUAAUUCAUAGAGAUUUGAAACCUGAGAAUUUAGUAUUUAAUACUGAGGGAUAUUUAAGAUUAACAGAUAUGGGAAUAGCUAGAAUUUGGAGACCUGAUAAUUCAUAAGAUACAAGUGGAACUCCUGGAUAUAUGGCACCAGAAGUAUUAUGUAGAUAAAAUCAUGGGAUUGCUGUUGAUUAUUUUGCAUUAGGUGUUAUAGUAUAUGAAUGUAUGUUGGGUAGAAGACCAUACAUAGGAAAAUCUAGAUAAGAAAUAAGAGAUAAUGUAUUAGCUAAAUAAGUAUAAAUAAAGAGAACUGAGAUUCCUGUUUCAUGGUCUUUAGAAGCUGCAGAUUUUGCUAAUUAAGUAUAAAAUAAUAAUUUAAUUGUAAGUUGAUUUAAAGAAAACCAGCUUAAAGAUUAGGAUCUGAUAAUCCUGAUGCUGUUAAAAAUCAUCCUUGGUUUAAAGGCUUUGAUUGGAACAAAUUACUUAAAAAAGAAUUAAAUCCUCCAUAUAUUCCUCGUAAUCCUAACAAUUCAGGAGGUUCUACUUAAGAUACAGAAUAGGACACUAAUGAAAAUAAUAUUAUGUUGAGAAGAAAUUCUAUCUAAGGUAUAUAAUAUUUAUUAAUACUAUUUAUUAGCUUAAUUCGAUGGAUACAAUUAUGAUCCUAAUGAAGCUAUGAUAGCUGAACCAUCUAAAUUAUGA